AUGGCCCCCGCCACCUCUGAAAGACCAACAACGGCCCAAGUCUAUGCCAACCUCCACGGCCUCAAACUGCACUUUCCCAGUCUCCAGUCAAUUCUCUCCUCCUUUCCCACGGAGCUCAGCCCGCACUAUGGCCGACUUCGUGAGAUUGUGGAGAAAAACAUUGAUGACAGGAUCGAGGAACCGGACAUAAGGGCGAAAGCAAAGAAGAUCAACAUUGCUCUGCUCUGCGCAUAUUGGUGGCCCCGUUCUUCACUUGAGCGGUUGGUGACGAUGAGCUGGUUUGUCUUCUGGAUCUUCGUAUGGGAUGAUGAAGCCGAGGAAUCAUCAACUCAGGACCUGGACUUGGACUCGAAGACCACUUUGAGUGAAAGGGCAUUGAGAUACGUUGCCUUUCACUUGGGUCUUGAUCCUCCAUCCCCCCCACCUUCAGGCAACAUUGCAUGUGUUCUUCCUUCUUCUCCGCCGACCAGCCGCCGCCACCACCAUCAAUCAGACGACUCCUCCGACCCCGGUUCCCUCUUUCUCUCGUCCUCGUCGUCGAAGGAGCCGCCCCCGCCGACAAAGUACUCGGUCCUCUUCAAACCUGCGGCCGAGGGCUUCAAACAAGGCUGCACCCUCACUGAGCGAACAAGACUCUAUUCGGAGAUCCAACUUUACCUGCACUCCUCCGCGCUGGAAGUAGCCACCUACGCGGGCGGCAACGGCACAGUUCCUACCGAGAAAGAGUACUGGGUUUAUAGGCGUGGCACGAAUGGGAUCGGAUUCUUCUCUUGUCUGGGGGAGUUCAUGACCGAGAUCACGAUUCCUCAAUAUCUGUUUCAAACAGAAGAGAUGAAGACACUGUGGGAGGAGUUGGCCAAGAAUGUUGUCAUUGUAAACGACGUCCUUUCCCUGCCAAAAGAGAUGAAGGUCAACUGGCCUGGGCUUGUGGCUAUUGACCUCACCUACCGCACAUCUGGUCAUAAUCUGGAUAAGGCUAUCAAUCUCCUCGUUGAAGAUUUGCGUCAAGUCAGUAACAAGAUGGAAGCAGCUGGCGCGAGACUUCGGGAGAUGGUUGCUGAAGAUCCCGACCCUAUGGUGAGGAAGCAUGUUGAGAAGUACCUGCACUCGGUGUAUACGAUCAUGACUGGGCAUUAUGAGUGGACGUUCACAGUAUUUGAACUGCCGAUGACGGCACAAGACUCGAUCAAGAUGUAG